AGGCUCGGGCGCGACAUGGCGGCGGCGCGGGCGCUGCAGCUGUGGCUGCUCCGGCUGCUGCUGCUCCCGCCGCUGCUGCUGGCGCUGCUGCCGGGCCCGGCGGGGGCCGUGUGGCCGCAGCCCCAGGCCCAGAGCUCCCCGCCCGCCGGCGGCCGCUGCCCGGUGCCGCCCCGCCGGUUCCGCUUCGCCGUGGCGGACGGCUCGGCGGUGGGGCCGGGCUGCGCCGUGCUGGACGCCGCCUUCCAGCGGUACUGGCCGCUGCUCUUCGGCCGUCCCACCGAGAAUGAGCCAUCCUGGGAAACACCCUGCGCUGAGCUUCUCGUCUAUGUUUCCACUCCAGGCUGCAAUGGGUUUCCCAGCCUAGACUCCAAUGAGAGCUAUAAACUGUCUGUCUCCAAAGGCUCCAUGCUGCUCUCGGCAGAGACCGUCUGGGGAGCUCUCCGAGGCCUGGAAACAUUCAGCCAACUUGUUGGGAGAGAUGAGAAUGGCACGUACUACAUCAAUGAGACUGAAAUCGUGGACUUUCCCCGCUUCCCUCACCGGGGACUGUUGCUGGACACCUCUCGUCACUACCUACCUCUGAGGGCUAUCCUGGAAACUCUGGACGUCAUGGCUUACAACAAGUUCAAUGUGUUUCACUGGCACAUUGUGGAUGACCCAUCUUUCCCUUAUGAGAGUUCCACAUUCCCAGAGCUCAGCAAGCAGGGAGCCUUCAACGCCAUGACCCACGUGUACACAGCCAGUGACGUGCGCACUGUGAUCGAGUAUGCCCGGCUGCGCGGCAUCAGAGUCAUCGCUGAGUUCGACACCCCCGGCCACACCCUCUCCUGGGGGCCAGGUGCUCCGGGCCUCCUGACUCCUUGCUAUAUGGGCAAAGCUCCUUCUGGAGUUUAUGGCCCCAUCAACCCCAUUGUUAACAGCACCUACCAGUUUGUGACCAGUUUGUUCCAAGAGGUCAGCACUGUGUUCCCAGACUUCUUUCUCCACCUUGGUGGUGAUGAGGUAGAUUUCACGUGCUGGAAAUCCAAUCCAGAAAUCCGUGCUUUCAUGACUGAGAUGGGCCUUGGUGAAGAUUACAAAAAAUUAGAGUCUUUCUACAUCCAGAGGCUUCUGGACAUCGUCUCUUCCCUUGGCAAAGGAUACAUUGUGUGGCAGGAGGUGUUUGACAACGAUGUGAAGCUGAGGCCUGACACCAUCAUCCAUGUGUGGAAGGAGAACAACAUGCAGUACCUGAACGAGAUGGCAAAUGUCACCAGGGCUGGCUACCGGGCUCUGCUCUCUGCACCCUGGUACCUCAACCGCAUCUCCUAUGGGCAGGACUGGAUAGAAGCCUAUAAGGUGGAGCCCUUGAACUUUGAAGGCAGCCCUGAGCAGAAGACCCUGGUGAUCGGUGGUGAGGCCUGCAUGUGGGGUGAAUAUGUGGAUGUCACCAACCUGACCCCCAGGCUCUGGCCGAGAGGUGGGGCCGUAGCUGAAAGACUCUGGAGCAAUGAGACUGUGAGGAACGUGCAAGACGCAUACGCCCGGCUGGCCGAGUUCCGCUGCACCCUACUUGGGCGUGGUGUCCAGGCACAGCCUCUCUAUGUUGGAUACUGUGACAAUGAAUUUGGCGGGGUUUGAAGGGAGAGCCCCACUGCCCUCUGUGCACGCAGGAGGAAUGUUCCCCCGUUAAAAGGGCAGAGGGACCCCUUGCCACCCCACCUUCUGCUCUGGCUUCAUUGCAAUGAACAUUUCUUUUGCCUCAGCAUGCACUCUUUACCUCUUUUUCUAUUUUUAUUUCUUUAAAUCUAUAAAUAAAUGACCCCAAAGAGGAAAAA